AUGCCAGCAAACGAGAAUUAUAAGCGAAAAAGUAAUGGACGUUUUCAAGACAAUGAAGCAGUUUCCAACAAGAAAAUGAGAAUGUCGAUGGGAAAUGAGGAAAAUAAUGAAAGGGCCAUGUCGCCAGAGACACUUAUUCAUAAUGUGAGUUGUUUGAUCUUACAGUUGCUUCUAUUGUCUUCAAUUUAUUUGAUUUUCAGCUCGAUGACGUAAUAUCCCAAAUUUUGAGUCAAAAAGAUUUGCCAGAAGCUGUUCAACUUGAGCUCAAAGGUUUUGAUGCAUCAACAGCUUCAAUGGAAGAGUAUAACAAAAAACGCGAUCAAAUUCGCGAAAUGUUGCGAGAUUCGGCGUUGUUCGACAAGAAAAUGGAGUUGAAUUUGGAAGAGGCAACGAUUGCCAGCGCAAAACUUGAAGUCGACAAACGAAUCACAACACGAAGAAUGAGUCGUAAAUUUCAUGAAGAAUGUGGUGUGCAAGAAAGUGAUAUUCUCUACAAGGGUUUGGAUUAUCGUUCCACUGAAGCAAAAGCGAGCAAGGAACUUAGAGAGUGAGUUGGAUUAGCAUGAGCAAUCCAAAUUUUUUAAUUUUGCAGCACAAGAACCGCCUCAAUCAUCGAAUCGUGUGUAGAUUUUCAAAAACAAAUCCAAUGGAAGAUGAAUGUUAUGAACCACGUUAAAGCAAAGCAAGAACGUAAGUUUUUUGGGGAUUCUCAUCAAAACUAAAUAUAUUGUUGUCCUUAGAACCCACUGAAUCACGUCAUUUUCCGAAAUCGGAUGGUCCAAGUGUUCGAACACGUGGCGGUCAAGACAGACAACGAGAAAAUUUGAAAGAGCAGAAGAAGAAGAUUUUGGAGCAGGCGAAAAAUUCGAAAAACAGCAAGUCAAAGGAUGGAGAUCCAUUCAAAACGCCGCAAAAGAAAGUGGAAUUCAAUGCGUUGGAUGAGAGAAGAGUGGGUUUUUUUGUUUUGAAACGUGAACUAUAACGUGAAGAACAUUUUUGACAAUUGUUUUUUAGAUUAUCGAGAAUUACGCGCUUGAAGUUGCAUCCGAACUUCGUGACACAAGUAAUAAAAAUCGUCGUCAAAUUGCUCCAGUUCCAUUCAACAUCAAUAUUUUAGACGAUGAAUCAGAUGAUGAAGAAGUUCACGAAAUGGAGAUUGAUUAA